AUGAGUGAUAAAGGAAUUACUUCUCAGACAGAAGAAUUUCUUAACUCUAAGAUAGGAAGGACAGUCUUAAAAGAGUUAGAAACAAAGGCACAAGCAAAAGAUCCUCUUUCUAUGUUUAGAUUAGGCAUUCUUUAUUAUAAUGGCAAAACAGUCGAACAAAACAUCCCACAAGCUAUUGAACUCUUCAAAAAUGCAUCGAGCGCAGGCUCCCCUGAUGCAAAACUCUUAUUGAGCACUUUGUAUAUGAAAGGAGAAAACGUUCCUUUAGAUACAAAGACAGCUUACAACUUAGUUGAAGAGGCAGCUGGUGCUAACAUCCCAGAAGCACAACAUAUAUUAGCUCAGUUUUUGUACGAAGGCAAAUAUUGCGCUAAAAAUGUCAGAAGAGCUGCAAGGAAUUUCAACGCAGCAAUUCCUCUAGAAAAUCCUAUGGAUUCUUAUAUGGUUGGUAAAAUUAUGGAAGAAGAUGAUUCUGAAGAGCCAAUUUACUCUAAAAUUUUGGGAUAUUACCAACGUGCAGCAAAUCAGAAUUAUCUCGAUGCUAUCACUGCAACAGCAAGAAUUCUUAGAUACGGUAAAGGUGAUGUUCGCCAAAAUAAAGGGCAAGCCUUUAAAUUGUACAAGAAAGCAGCAGCAACAGGCGAUCCAGAAGCAAUGACACGCUUUGGCUCAAUGAUAUACCAAAACGAGUACGGAAAAGAUCCAAUUGAUCUCGGAAUCAUUUGGCUUAAAAAGGCAAUGGACGCAAAUUACAAUGAAGCCUUUUUCGAAUACGGAAAGCUUCUCCUUCCAAAUACAGAUCCAGAAUCAAAGAUAAACGCAUACAACGCUUUCGAAAAAGUCCAACAUAUUCCCGAAGCAAAGUAUUUACUCGGUAAAAUGAAAAUCAAAGGCGAUGGAACACAAAGAAGUGUUUCAGGAGGCAUGAUGAUGAUCAAAGAAGCCUCUAAAAUGGGUUACAUUCCUGCAAUUUAUUCAAUGGGCAUUGGAUAUCGCGAAAACAAGAAUGGCGUUAAGACAAACAUCAAAAGAGCUUACGAGUCAUUCCAAAAAUGCGCAGAAGCCGAGUAUCAUCCCGGUGAAUAUCAGUUUGCUUACAUGAUUGAGAACGGAAUUGGCUGCCAGAAGGAUGUUGAUAAGGCAAUCAAGUACUACAAGCGAGCUGCAGAUGGUGGAGAAGCUAAAGCAAUGUUUAACCUUGGAUUAAUUUACGAUAAAAACAAAAAGUACCAUAAUACUGAACAAGCGAUCAAAUACUACCAAGAAGCUGCAGAUAAAGGCAUCAAAGAGGCUUUCUUCAACCUAGGAAUGAUAUACAAAGACGGAGAAGACAUUGAAAAAGAUAUUACAAAAGCAAAAGAGUAUCUUGCUACCGCAGCUGAUAAAGGAGUUGUCAAUGCUCAAUUCUGGUCAUACAAAAUCAAUAAAGAUUCGGAUAUGACGACAGCUAUUAAAUAUCUCCAAAUGGCUGCUGAUAACGAGCAUGGAAAGGCUAUGUGUAUCUUAGGAAACUUCCUUGUCGAUGGUGUAAAUGUAGAAAAGGACGUUAACCAGGGAAUUUCUUACCUAGCAAAGGCUGCAAGCUUGAUUUACGGAGAUUAA